UCGUCCACGUUGGAGCGCGCAUACUUCAGAGCGGUCGCCAUUUGCGCCACGAAUACUGGCUGAUGAUCUUGUGUGUGAAAUUGUGAAAUUGGAGGUUAUAGUGCUUAUUUUAAAGUUAUUUGUGCAUCUGUUUCGUAGCAAACAAAUUUUGAGGACUGUAAACUUAUAUCCAACGCUGUAGGCACAAUAAGUGCGUCAAAUGAUUGCCGAGAUCACCAGAAAUGAAGAUAGCUACCACUCCAGCAUACAGACAUAUUAACUCAUUUUGUAUACAAGGCACAUGCCCCAGUACAUUUUAAGUUUGAAAUAACUAAGUCUAUAAAUUAACGCUUUAAGUUUUUUUGUUUUUGUUUUUAAAAGUAGUACUAAGAUUAUUCUUAUAUUAUAAAUAUGAAAAUACCGGAGACUUCAGCUAACGUUGGCGCUUAUUACGGCAAUGAGGAGAAUGGACACUGGCAGCCAAACGGCGUCAUAAUAGACAGCGGAGUCGGCGGCGGCGUUGUUGGUAGCGGUGACGCCGGCAUACAUCGCCCGCCUGUCUACCCAGUACAUAUACCGCGCGCACAUAUGCCUGGCUACGUAAUGGCAGGCGCAUACUACCCCCCUGCGGCGUAUCCGCCCGUCCCAGCCCAGCCACAACCAGACGACUUCGCGGACUAUAUGUGGAUGGAAAACGAAGAGGAGUUUGACAAACAGGUGAUGCAACAGCUAGAAGAGGAGGCACUAAUGGAGCAAUGUAUAGAAGCCAUGUUGGAGGAUGAGCAGAGAGAGAGACAUAACCGACCCACCGCCAAUGGCCAUAAUCAUCAGCACUAUCCUACAACAAGUAACGGCGCGCCGUCCCUCUCGCUAGAAGAGACAGUAUCUCGGUCGACGUUGAACCCUCUCGCCGCUGAGUUUGUGCCCACGAGACCACUGCCCACCGCUACAGAAGAAAAACAAGUCCCCUCCCAAGAAGUCCCCCCCAGCGCCCCCGUACAGGCGGAGUCCCCCAGCGUCCCCACAGACGAGUGUCCAGUCACACACACACACACCACUGCAGACGAUGUCACACACGAUAACACAGAGGAAACACAACAGCCACAGAAGGAAACGCCAGAAGUGAGCGCAACGGAAUCCAUAGACAAGACACAGGACAAACGACCCAAAGACAAGAAGGAUUCCAAAUCCAAAGUAGAUUUAAAGAAGACGGUCAAACCGGAAGUAAAGAGCAAGGUGCAAAGUAAACCACAGGCGGCCAAGUCUGAAACGAAGGUCGCGCCGAAGAAGAAAGAAGUUAAGAGCGUCAAGAGUGAGAUCAAAGUGGACGAGAAGAGCGAAGAUAGCGAUGUCAAGCAACCCCAACCGGCCCCCUUAGAAGAAGCGCAAGCGACAUCUGGCUUCAAACCAAUAAACUACGCGGCCGCCGCAAAAGCGAACAAACCCAAGAAACCACCGACAACCACACCAGUAACCACACCCACAGAAAAACCACUACCCAAGGUAGAAAAACCAAAAGCAACCGAAAAAGUUGAGAAAAAGGAGAAACCGAAGUCAGAAAAAGUAAAUGUUCAAAGAAAAAACUCGGCUAAGUAACUAAAAAGGUGAGUUUGUUGACAAAAAACACCUUUUUCGGUAAAAAAUUUAUUGCCUGUGUACAAAUUUUUAUCUGGCAACACUGUUUGAGGCAAAGGUAUUUGCAUACAGCCUUGUACAGCCUGUGUAUAGUUUGAAGUUUGAAAAUAGUUGUGAUAUUUCCAUUUUUUGAAGUAAAUUUGCAUUUUUUUUUGGAAAUGAUAAUGAAUAAAAAAAUUUAAAUAAUAAAAAAAAAAGAAUUAAAAAACGAU